GAUUGUUCGUCUCUCAGAUCAGAUCCCCAUUUUAUCUAGGUUUUCUAGUUCCAGCGGUGCAGUGCAAGCUUCGAUCUGCAUCUCGAUUACCAAUUCUCUCGUUGGAGCUUCUUCGCCGGAAUGUUUUGGUUGAGUUCCUUCGAUCGCGUCCUCGUUGGUGGCGCGGACGCCAUCGACCCUUUUCCUCUCGUGGCCGCCGGCGGUGACCAAGGCCGCAGCGGCGGCGGAGGCCUCAGGAGGUCCCGAUUUAAUGGCGCGGCCUGGCUCCUCCGCCGCGCUGGCAACCGGCGCGCAAUGCGGGAGCCGUCGCUGUUGGUGCGGGAGUCUGCGGCGGAGCAACUGGAGGAGCGGCAGAGCGGGUGGGCCUACUCCCGCCCCGUCGUGCUUCUUGAUAUCCUUUGGAACGUGGUGUUUGUGGCUUCGGCGGCCGGGGUCCUGGCCCUGAGCCGGGAUGAGGCCCCGUCGAUGCCGCUGAGGCUGUGGAUUGGCGGGUACGCUCUCCAGUGCGUGUUCCACAUCGUCUUCGUCUGCGUUCAGUUCCGGCGGAGGCGUCUGCUGCGGGACGUAGAGGAAAGAGGCGGGUGGAGUUGGUGGAAUUUGUCUCUGACUCCUUCUAGGGAGGUGGUGGAAGCAAGGGGUUUCAAUGUUCACCAGAGUCAGAAUGAGGGCGCCAAAAGUGUUGCUAAAUAUCUGGAGUCCACAAAUACUUUCUUUUCUUUCAUAUGGUGGAUCCUUGGAUUUUACUGGGUAUCAGCUGGAGGCCAAGCUUUGACACGGGAUGCACCACAACUAUACUGGCUUUGCAUAGUUUUCCUGGCAUUCGAUGUGUUCUUUGUCCUCUUUUGUGUUGCUCUGGCAUGUGUCAUUGGCCUAGCUGUUUGCUGUUGCCUACCUUGUAUCAUUGCAAUUCUUUAUGCUGUUGCAGAUCAGCAAGAAGGUGCAUCUGAUGAAGAUAUCUACCAACUUCCCAAAUACAGAUUCCAAAGGGCAGGCAACUCGGAAAAAAACUCGGAAAAUAUAAGCGCUGGAUUAGCAAGAACUGUAUGUGGAAUGAUGAUCGAAUGUGGCACCGAUUCUCCUGUUGGGCAUGUUAUAUCCCCAGAGGAUGCAGAGUGCUGCAUCUGCCUUUUGCCCUACAAUGAUGGAGACGAGCUGAGAGAGCUUCCUUGCAGGCACCACUUUCACCGCCAUUGCGUCGACAAAUGGCUACACAUCAAUGCCACUUGCCCCUUGUGCAAAUACAACAUCAUCAAGAGCAACAACCAAGCGAUGGAGGAAGAGGUAUAGAGGAAAGGAACUUGAGCCAAAAAUCCUUCCCUUCUAAUUUAUGUCAAAUGUUUAUAAGAUGCGCGUGUGCCUAUGUUUGUAUAUUUCUCGGGUCUAAUUUUUCAUGUAAAUUGUCGAAUGUGACUAGUCUUUGUAUUGACCCAUGACAGAGGUACAAGUUGCUAUGCUUAGAUUUCAAUUCUAAUAAGAAGAUGAACGAGUAGGGUUGUUUUGUUGGAA